AUGUCCGACGCACCUGUGGUGAUAAUAACCGGCGCUACGUCGGGCAUUGGCCGCGCAACGGCCGUGGAAAUGGCCAAAAGAAAGUGGAGGUUGGUGUUGACUGGGAGGAAAGCCGAGGCCAUGAAUGAAGUUGUGGAGGAGGCGAAGAAAGCCGGAGCUGCAGAUGUAAGAGAUGUGGACAAUGAUUUACAUUACAUUUAGGUCUCUUAUAUUCUUGGAAGUCUGAACAAUCUGGCAACACCAAAAAAGAUUGUUGACCAUGCAAUUUCGACCUUUGGGCAGAUAAAUUCGUUGGUGAAUAAUGCUGGAAUCCUUGUUGCCGGAGGCUUGGAUCAAGUGAGAGAUGAUUUGGUGGACUAUGAGCAACAGAUGGAUACUAAUGUCAAAGCGUAGGCGUAUCUUAGUCAACGUACAAUUAUAAUAAUAAAUAUGUUUAGAGUAAUUCGACUGACCAGAGCAGCACUGCCGCAUUUGAUCAAAACGAAAGGAACCGUCGUCAAUGUCAGCAGUAUUUGUGGAACUCAUGCAGUAAGUGGACGUAUAUAUUAUUUAAAAAAAGUAUGUAAAUGACAUAAUGUCUUCAUUUUUUAGUUUUCCGGAAUCCUCUACUACUGCAUGUCGAAAGCGGCUUUGGAUCAGUUCACGAAAUGCGUUGCAUUAGAGCUGGCUCCAAAAGGAGUACGAGUAAAUUCAGUAAAGUAAGAUCUCUUCGAUUUCCAAAAAAAAUUAUCAUUUCCAGUCCCGGCGUUAUCUUAACCGAAUUUCAACGGCGUGGAGGCUUCACGGACGAUCAGUACCAAGAGGUAAGCUGUUGUAAUUGUAAUCAUUGUUGUUCCAGUUCUUGAAAAAAGGAGAACAACAGCACCCGUUGGGCCGUGUCGGACGUCCCGAAGAAACGGCGAAAGCCAUCGCUUUCCUGGCCACGGACGAGUCCUCCUUCACAACUGGGGAUCUGUUGAAGGUCGAUGGAGGACGAGCGCUCAUGGGUCCGUCUUAG